ACAAAUCUUUGUAGACAAAUCUUUGGCUGGUUAUUAACAUUUCAUGUCCCCGUCCCAUUAGGCAAUGUUUGACUGGCGCCAAUUGUGAUGGGCAAUCGGAUCGCAGCGGGAGCUGGCAGCAGCGGGCAGCAGGCCAACUCUCAGUUUAAUACACGGCGGCGUUAUCAGCAGCACAAGCGCGACUAUUGUCUGCAGGAUGAGUAUCGGUCCAAGACCCUGCCGGCGCGUUAUCCACAGCAGGAGCCGGCUGAUAGCCGGCAGCCGUUGGGCUCCAGCAGCUGUCUGGGCUCUGGCCAGGCCAAUGGAACGCCCAACGGCGGCGAGACGUCACGCAUGCUGUUUCUGCUCUAUCUAAUCCAUCGCACCUGGAACGUGGUCAUGGACACCAUGGACACACGCACCAAGAGUCGCUCAGCGCCACAGAAAGUCACGCCCGUGCCAACGCAGCGUAGACAGACGCAGGCGGAUGAGGAGUGCUCCAUUGGCAUCACAGACAUGGACGCCUCCUCCUAUUGUUCCCAGUACUCCAGCUGCAGCUGCAGCUAUUGCUACGAGGAUGCUUUGGAAAAGCGCACCAAUGCCUGCAGCUCCAAUGCGGAUGAAUAUUCGCUGGACUCCAUUUACGAACACAGCAAAUCCAUGUGCUACAGUGACAGCUCCACGCUGCAGCGUGCACAGAUGGCGCCCAGCGUCUGCGAAACUUCGCCCAAGUUGCCGCCACACAAUGCUGCUGCUGCAGCUGCUCCUUCUCCUGCUCCGUCUCCGGCUGCGGCAACGUCCAGUGUCAAGUGCGGCGGGAGCAGCUUGAAUGGUUCGCUGGCUUCGUAUAAGAUGGCCGGCUCGGAGCAGAGCUGGCCGCAGGCGCCCGUUUACAGCAAGGAGAAUCAGCGUCCGCCCGUUUACAAUCCGGAGGAUUAUGUGCUCUCCCUGCGCAAGUUAACCAAAGGCAGCGGCUCCACCAAAGUGCAAUCGAUCUACGAUGUCAGCAUCAAUGGCCAUGCCAAGGAGGAUGCCUACAAGUCCGCCACGCUGCCGGCCAAGCACUCCGGCUACAAAAGUCCCAUUCCGGCGCCGCCGGAGAGCGACAGCGAGAUGUCCCUCCGACAAUUUGGCUCCAUAACCGAUCUGCUGACCAAGCUGCGCGCCGAUCUGAGGGUAUCCUUUCCCAGCUUUGUGCAGGAGUUCGUGGCCACGCCCUCGGAUGGGAUCAGCCAUCUGCUGGAAGUGCUGCGCGCCAUCCAAAUGGCGCAGGCGAGCAAUGCGCCCGCUCCGCUGGCGACGGCGGGAGGCACCAAUUCCUUGGCCAUGUCCCGCAAUCCGCAGAGCUAUCAGCGCCGCGCGCUGCUCGACGAGCUCUCCUGCCUACAAUGCCUGAGCAUUUGCUGUUCCCGCUCUCUGGAUGCCAUAGCCCGUUUAGGCAAUACGCCGGUUGGUUUGAUGCCGUUGGCCUCCUCGGCGACGGGUCAGGGCAUACGCGGACGGAUCCUGGCGCUGCAGCUGCUGGCCGCCGCCUGCGAUCGCCAGCCGUUUGGCCAGGGCAAUGGGGGCCAGAAGAUCAGCGCCGCCGGCCACACCGCCGUCUCGGAGGCCAUGUCCACGCUGCGGCUGCGCUGCAGCGAACCGGUUCGCUUCCGGCUGCUCAUCGGCAUCCUCAACAGCGGCGGCGGCUCCGGCGAACUCCAAUGCGCCGGCAUCAAAUUCCUCAACACGUUCAUCGAGAGCGCCGUCAGCCUGCAGCAGAGGCUGUAUAUCCAGGCGGAGCUGUGCCAGGCUGGCCUGGAGACCGGCACGCUGGCCCGCACCAUAUCCUCGUCCUCGCCCUGGCUGGACGCGCUGCGCGCCGAGAUCAAGCGCUUCAACGAGCUGCACAUCGACGUCGACAAGAUGCUGGCCCAGGCACGCGACGCGGAUCGCGUGCGCAGCCAAAUGGUCAUUCUCGAGCGUCGCGUCCAGAUACUGCACGAGGAGAAGACGGUGCUCACGUCCAUGGAGCGACGCCUGCAGGAACGCUGCGCGGAACUGCAGCGUGAGAUCUUCCGGCUACAGGGCGCACAGGAGUCCAAUUUCAAGCCCGUGGAGGCGCAUCAGCCCGUCGCCCUGCCGCGCCAGGUGACGCCCAACUCAAAGACAGCGGCGGCGGCGGCGGCGGCGACGACGGCGACGGGGGGCAGCAAACAGAGCUGCUCGGAGCACGAGGAUGAGGGCAUCAGCAGCUCCGAGACGGGCGCCUCGCUCAGUCCAGUGCCCAUUCUCGUGCUGCCCACCAAGUCCAAGCGCAAGACGAAGCGGGCCGAGAACGAGGACGAGGACGACGAUGCAGCCACCAUCGAGGAUGUUAUCGGGCAGCUGGACAACAUAGUCAGCGAGGCGGAGAAGCAGAUAGCCAAGCACCAUUCGCAUCCGCGUGUCCUGGAACAGGAGCAGGACAUCGUGCCGGUUAAUAUUGUGCCGCAGCCGCCGCGGAAAUCGCGAUCCUUGGCGCAUCUGGUGCCGCGCACGGACUGCUCCGACCAGGAGAACUCCCAUUAUGGCAUGCUGAUGCCGAGCGACGCGGCGGCCGUGGAGCGUCUGGCCGCCAUGCAGACCUUCUUCGAUGAGGUGGACUACGAGGCGACGCACACGGAUCCGCAUGUGUCCUCAUCGGAUAUGCCGGAGGCGGAGGCGAAUGCCACCGCAACGGCCUACAAUGCGAGCACCAAUCGGGAGCUGCUCGACGUGAUUAUGAAUGCACGCCACGACGAGCACGAUCCAACCAUCUUGGCCCUGAGGAACAGCAGCCAGGAGGCUGCCGUCAAGUCGCCAGCUCCGGCUCCGGCUCCGCCGACGCCGCCCGCCCAGCACUUCAACGGAGUCUUCUUUAUGACGGGCAUGAACACGCCCCAAAAGUACCCCAAGCCAGAUCUCACGGCGGCGCUGCAGGCGCGUCGCGUGACCAAGAACGUGGAACGCCUGGAGGCGGCCUUCGCCUCCGGCUCCCACGACGGUAACCAUGUCGAUGCGAGCAUCGUGCGGGAGAAAUCCCGCAGCAAUCAACAGAUCUAUUUCAGCAGCAAUCCGGCCAUGCGCAUGCACGAAUAUCCCGGCUCCGGCCAGCUGACCGGCAACAUAUCCGCACGCACGCGCUCCUAUACGCACGGCUCCAAGGUGACGGACCUGCCCUCGGGCUUGUACUAAGGCGCCGCCGCAGUUGCGCCCAGCUUAUCCAGCUCCUGUGCAAUACAAAAUCCACUCUUAAGCUUACGUCUAUAUAUAUGUUAAUUUUUUUUGAUGUAAUUCAAUUUUUAUUAUUUUUAAUAAUAUUUAGUAUUUCGUAGCAUAGAUUCGGUGGCAGCUUCAAUCGGGUCCCUUAGUCUUAAGUCAGUUGGAAUUAGCUCAUUUCCAGCUUAAACACUUUUUUACUUUUAUAAUAUCAACUAUCAAUAUUUAUAUUUUGCAUACGAACAAUAAAUAC